AAAUGACUUGACAGAGAAGAAGGAUGUGACCAUUGACGUUUCCUCAGACUUAAGGAAGGAAGAAGAAUACAAGACUAAUAUUUGGAAAGGUUUCCUCAUUUCCAUUCCUUACUCUGCCAGUAUUGGUGGGAUAGCAACACUGACCGGAACGGCACCAAAUCUCCUUCUUUUGGGGCAGCUAAAGAGCUUUUUUCCAGAAUGCGAUGUUGUAAACUUUGGUUCUUGGUUUGUGUUUGCAUUUCCCUUGAUGGUGCUUUUUCUGUUUUUUGGAUGGCUUUGGAUCUCCUUCCUAUAUGGAGGCAUCACCUUAAGUUGUGAGAGAACAAAGAAAUCAGAAAUCAGAGCUGAUGCAGAAGCCAAAGCCAAAUCGGUAAUAAGAGAUGAAUAUCAGAAACUGGGUCCAAUAAAGUUUGCAGAACAGGCAGUUUUUGUUCUCUUCUGCUUAUUUGCCAUCCUUUUAUUCUCCAGAGACCCGAAAUUUAUCUCAGGUUGGGCAAGCUUGUUCACACCAGGUUUUGUCACAGAUGCAGUUACUGGAGUCACAAUAGUGACAAUAUUGUUCUUCUUCCCUUCAGAAAGGCCAUCCCUCAAAUGGUGGUUUGACUUGAAAGCACCAAACACUGAAAAUAAGCCCCUGCUAUCAUGGAGAAAAGCUGAAGAGAGUGUACCUUGGAACAUCAUUUUGUUGCUUGGAGGAGGUUUUGCUAUGGCCAAAGGAUGUGAGGAGUCUGGUUUGUCCAUCUGGAUUGGAGGCCACCUGGACCCCCUGGAGAACCUCCCUCCUCCUGUGGCUGUUAUUCUCAUCACUGUAGUAAUUGCCUUAUUCACGGAAUUUGCUAGUAACACAGCCACGAUCAUAAUCUUCCUUCCUGUUCUGGCAGAAUUGGCCAUUCGUCUGCAAGUGCAUCCCCUCUACUUAAUGAUUCCAGGAACAAUCGGAUGCUCGUUUGCCUUCAUGCUUCCUGUCUCCACACCCCCAAAUUCAAUUGCCUUCGCUUCUGGGCACUUAAUGGUCAAAGAUAUGGCAAAGACUGGUCUGCUUAUGAAUCUGAUGGGGGUUUUACUUCUCAGCCUGGCUAUCAACACUUGGGCCAAGAGCAUCUUCCAACUAGGCACAUUCCCCGACUGGGCUAAGAUACAUCUGGAAAAUACCACCACCUCCCUCUUGGAAGAUGUUCAGAACAUCACUUUGAACUCACUGAGUAAAUCAUGAACAAAGCAACCUUGAAAGGGAGCUACCUCCUUCAGAUUUGGGCACUGAAAUCAGUCAACAUCGACUACACGAUCUCUUUUGUCUCAUUUGUCUGUGGUGAUGGCUACCCAGCUGCAUCUGCCACUGUUUAGAAUCAAGAAGCCUGGAGAGCAGACUUUGUGAAUCAGAUGGACUGGCCUUGCCCCAGCCGAUGGCUGAGAGCUCAGGGUCUCAAAGUUCCUUCUGAGAUAAGGCAGUAAACUGGGGGGGAAACUACAUGCAGCAGAUGGAAAUGUGAUAAUUAGAAAAAUAAGGCAUAUUUUCCCUCCCUUGUACCUUUCGGGUUCUCACAGGCCCCUUACAAAUGAGAGACCAGCCUCAUGAAGCAGAACAAAAC